CGCAUUUCACCAGUAGACCGGGGAAGACACACGCGUGACCCGGAAGGCCUUGCCGCAACACUCCAAAGCGGGCGUGAGGGGGGCCGAUGGCGGAGGGAGCGGUGGAAGCCCCAGCAGAGAGUGGUGGUGGUGGCGACCCAGGAGCCAUCGAGCCGGAACGAGGAGUAGCGUCCAUUAAACUUCAAUACCUAACCACCAAGGAGCACUUCCACGAAUUCCUGGAAGCCAAAGGGCAGGAGAAGCCCAGCCAGGAAACCGAGGCUGGAGACCCUGCUGGCAAUGACCUGGCUGAGCCUGAGGCCAAGCGGAUCCGGCUGGAGGAUGGGCAGACGGAGGACGGGCAGACAGAGGAGGCUGUUGAGCCUCGGGAGCAGCCACAGGCUCAGAAGAGGGCCCGGGGUCAGAACAAGUGCCGGCCCCAUGUGAAGCCCACCCACUAUGACAAGAACAGGCUCUGCCCCUCCCUGGUCCAGGAAUCCGCCGCCAAGUGUCUCUAUGGCGACCGCUGCCGCUUCCUGCACGACGUGGGCCGCUACCUGGAGACCAAGCCAGCUGACCUGGGCCCCCACUGUGUGCUCUUUGAGACCUUCGGCAGGUGCCCUUAUGGUGUGACUUGCCGCUUUGCCGGGGCCCAUCUGGGGCCCGAGGGCCAGAAUCUGGUGAAGGAGGGGUUGGUCCAGGCCCCGCCCGUCCGCAAUGGCCUGGACAAGGUCCUGCAGCAGCAACUGCGAAAGCGCAAGAUCCACUUCAAGUGUGCAGAGCAGGCACUGCGCCAGCUGAGCAAGGGCCAACUGCCAGGCCCCACUCCCGAAGCCACUGUCCCCGAGGUCAUGGAGGCUGAGGGCGCCCCAGGGCGGGACAACUGUGACGCCCAGCAGGCCCCCCAGGAGCCGGGCACCGUUGCCCCUCCCAGUGGCCCUUUAAGGACUUGCGGGCCCCUGACAGAUGAGGAUGUAGUCAGGUUGCAGCCCUGUGAGAAGAAGCGGCUGGACAUCAGUGGCAAACUAUACCUUGCCCCCCUCACCACGUGCGGGAACCUGCCCUUCCGGCGGGUCUGUAAGCGCUUUGGGGCGGAUGUGACGUGCGGGGAGAUGGCUGUGUGCAUCAACCUGCUGCAGGGCCAGACGUCUGAGUGGGCCCUGCUCAAACGCCACCCCUGCGAGGAUGUCUUCGGUGUCCAGCUUGAGGGCGCCUUCCCCGACACCAUGACCAAGUGUGCCGAGCUGCUGAACCGCACCAUCGAGGUGGAUUUUGUGGACAUCAACGUCGGCUGCCCCAUCGACCUCGUGUACAAGAAGGGCGGGGGCUGCGCCCUCAUGAACCGCUCAGCCAAGUUCCAGCAGAUCGUCCGCGGCAUGAACCAGGUGCUGGACGUGCCGCUGACCGUGAAGCUCCGCACGGGCGUCCACGAGCGCGUGAAUCUGGCCCACCGGCUGCUGCCCGAGCUGCGGGACUGGGGGACCGCGCUGGUCACGCUGCACGGCCGCUCGCGGGAGCAGCGCUACACCAGGCUGGCCGACUGGCGGUACAUCGAGCAGUGCGUGACAGCAGCCAGCCCCAUGCCCCUUUUCGGAAACGGGGACAUCUUGUCGUACGAGGACGCCAACUGCGCCAUGCAGACUGGCGUCGCUGGGAUCAUGAUCGCCCGCGGCGCCCUGCUCAAGCCGUGGCUGUUCACGGAGAUCAAGGAGCAGCGGCAUUGGGACAUCUCGUCGUCUGAGCGCCUGGACAUCCUGCGGGACUUCGCACACUACGGCCUGGAGCACUGGGGCUCGGACACACAGGGCGUGGAGAAGACGCGCCGCUUCCUCCUUGAGUGGCUCUCCUUCCUGUGCAGGUACGUGCCCGUGGGCCUGCUGGAGCGGCUCCCGCAGAGGAUCAAUGAGCGGCCGCCCUACUACCUGGGCCGCGACUACCUGGAGACGCUCAUGGCCAGCCAGAAGGCGGCCGACUGGAUCCGCAUCAGUGAGAUGCUGCUGGGACCCGUGCCGCCCAAUUUCGUCUUCCUGCCCAAGCACAAGGCCAAUGCCUACAAGUAGCCGCAGGGGCGGGCGGGGGUGUCUGAGCGGCCAGCGGGCUCCCCAAGGAAUGAGAAGGCAAUAAAUUUUAUUCUUUUAAAA